GAGUGCACCUCCGCUAUUACUACGUAGACCAUGGCUGGUCUCUCUGUUGGUUUGGUUUGUAAGGUGGAGGCGAAUGCUACUGGAGCAUUUUCUUAGUAUUUUAUCAACAUUACCCAUAUCAAAACAACAGGAUGGCUUCAGAGGGGACCUCUCUGAAGGGUUUCUCAGCAACUCUAAGCAGGUUGGAGAAGAGGCUAGAGGUGGUAAAGAGUAAGUUUGAAGAGCUGGAUGAGGCAGCUAUAUCACUCACAGAGCGCCUGGAGCAGCACAAACAGAUGCUCGCCCUUCAGGCCCAUCAGGACCAGGUGUGGGUGUCUCUGCUGGAGGACAAGUUCACCACCGAAGAGACCAACCUCUUCUUCACCUACGUGGCAGACACACUGGAUUGCUGCCGUUCCCAUGUUGUGAAGAAACUUCCAGAUCUGGCUCCCAGUCUGCCUACUACAGCAUGCAUUCUGCGGAGGAAAAUCAAGAAUCGGCGAAUCAACGUGGCAUGGGAGUCCGCCCUCAGAGACUUGGGGCUAGAGAACUCAGACGUCAAGGCCUUGUGUGCCUUCUUUGUGACACAUGGGUACCAGGCAGAAUACUUCAGCCCAGCUCAGAGGCAGAACCUAGCGGAGAAUGUGGACACCCUCAUUAGGAAAGUGGUGCGAAACCAGGUGCUGAGGGACAGCUUGUUGAGGGCUGUGCAGGUGGUGGAGAAGGGGAAGGCUGGGACGCUUGUGCUCACCAUAGAAGAAGAGCAUAAACCAGCCUCCUCCAUAAAAGAACAUUUCUCAAAUCAAGUGACCCAAUGACUGAUAGCACAGACGGUCACUGGUUAGUGGUGACCUCAGCCGAAAGUUUAAACUGCUCAGGCAAAGUUUCACUACAGUGUAGUAUAAUGGUAGGGAUCGUAACCCAAAUGCUACAGGCUCGAUUCCCAUGUAGGACACUGCCAUUGUACCCAUGGCAAGGUAUCUAACCCAAAUUGCUUGAGUAUGAAUCCAAUUGUGUAAAUGGAUAUGUAGACAUGCAAAAUUGUGUAUGUCUCUCUGGGUAUGAGAGUAUGAUAAAUGCAAGUAAUGUACUGUUAAAAUACAUU